AUGGCAUCCCACCUCAGAUCUGCAAGUUUGCCUUCAAGCCCCUGCUCGGGCGAAACCAAUGUCGAAAGACAGCUGCAGAGCCUAAAUACCACCGUUUCCUCUCCUUCUUCGACCAUCGAGACAAUGGUUGAUGGGUUGAGGAGGCUCCAAGAUAUUUACAACUGCAUCGACGAGCUCACGUGCUUACCGAGCAACCAAGUUCUCCUCUGCAAGCCACAGCAGAGAAUGGCUGUGGAGCAAGAGCUCGAGCGCUCCCUCAUCUUGCUUGACCUCUGCGAAGCGGUGCAAGUGAGCUUCUCCGAGCUCAAGGCGAGCGUCCAUGACAUGCAGUUGGUUAUCAAGAGAGGAGAUGAUGCAGCUCUUCAGACCAAGAUCCAGUCUUGGUUCCGCCUGACAAAGAAGGCACAAAAGCAGUUCAAGAAGAUCAACAAGAAGUCUUCUCCGGCUGAUGUCGAGAGCUGCAGAGUGGUCAGUCUGUUGGAUGAAGCUAGGGAUGCCGCUGCCACAAUGAUUGAAUCCUCGUUUGAGCUCUUGUCGAAGCAAAUUGCAAUGCCGAAUUCUAGCAAGUGGUCUCUUGUAUCCAAGGCAUUCCAGAAGAAAAGUGUCACGUGCAAGGAGGAGCAAUUGCAGUUGCUUGAGUUGGACAUUGUUGAUCUUCAGAGCAGAGUCGAGACUUUGUUUAGGAGAUUGAUCCAGAGCAGAGUUUCGCUUCUGAAUACUCUUAGCUUAUAG